AUGAGUCACUUAGGGCUUGGAAGGAGAAGACAUAAGAAAUUUCAAUCAAGGAAAGGUACUCCGUCGGGAAGUAAGGGAUUUCAACUUCAGAAACACUUAACUGCAACACUGGAUAGUAUUAACUUAAGAGAAGCCGUGCAACUUCCCCUCGGAGAAGAUGUUAAUGAGUGGUUGGCUAUAAAUACCGUUGACUUCUGUAAUCAAGUUAGCAUGCUCUAUGCCACCCUCACAGAGUUCUGCACAGAAUCAAGCUGUCCAAUAAUGUCAGCAGGGCCCAAGUAUGAGUACAGAUGGGCUGAUGGAGUUAAUAUAAAGAAACCCAUAGAGGUUUCUGCUCCAAAAUAUGUUGAAUACUUAAUGGGGUGGAUUGAAACUCAGCUCGACAAUGAGUCAAUUUUUCCACAGAACUUUGGUGCACCAUUCCCUCCCAACUUUCAGGAUGUCGUUAAAACCAUGUCCAAGCGAAUGUUUCGUGUGUAUGCGCAUAUCUAUUGUUCACAUUUCCAGAAGAUUGUGGCUCUUAAAGUAGAAGCUUAUCUGAAUACUUGCUUUAAGCAUUUCAUUCUCUUCACUUCCGAAUUUGGCCUGAUAGACAAGAGAGAGCUUGCCCCUGUUUCUGAGAUCGUUGAGUCUUUUCUAGAAAUCUAG